AUGAAGGCUUACCUUGGACUUAAUAUUUUGAUGGGCAUCAAUCAGCUGCCUUCAUAUAAGGAUUAUUGGUCCAAAGAUGUGUAUCUUGGCAAUGAAGGAGUUAAAUCUGUUAUGACUUUGAGGAGGUACGAGAAAAUAACAGAAUAUUUUCACAUCAGUGAUCGUGCAAGCGAGCCAGCCAGGGGAUCCAGAAACUUUGACAAAUUAUUCAAGGUCAGAGAAGUCCUUACAAUGACAAAGAGAAAGUUCAUUGAAAAUUACAAGCCAAACAAAAGCAUGGCCAUUGAUGAAGCUAUGAUUAAAUGGACAGGAAGACUCUCUUACAAGCAAUACCUCCCUGCUAAGCCAAUCAAGAGAGGCAUAAAAGUUUGGAUGAGGUGCGAUUCGGAGAAUGCGUUUCUUACCGACUUCAACAUAUACUUAGGAAAGGGAGAAGCCGUGUCAGAACAUGGCCUUGGACAUGACGUCAUCACAAAAUUAUCCAGGGACAUCACUGGAAAAAACCAUCAUUUAUACUUUGACAACUAUUUCACCAGCAUCAAACUCAUGGAGGACUUGCUCGCCGAAAAUAUUUAUGCUUGCAGCACAGUGCGCAUGAAUAGAAGAGGGUUUCCUGAUGACUUAAAAGGCAGACUAAGAUUACAGAGGGAACAGUCACAGACCAGACAGAGAGGAAACCUUACUGCUUCUGUCUGGCAGGACAAAAAGCCAGUGGCUUUCCCAAGCACCCAAGUGACCGUCGUAGACAAGUUCCCGUCACCAGGCAGCAUGGAAGUCAGGAACUGCAUAUGA